AGAGAGGAGAGAGAGAGGCGAAAAAAGCCAGAGAGGCAGGUAGUCUCCAACUCUGCUUCCAACAAGAAAGGGGACUGGAUGGAGUGGGGAUGGACCGCCACAGGAUUGGAGGAUUGUUGCUCUCGGUGUGGCCCCUCGCCAAGCCCAUAUGUCUUUAUAUAGUGUAAACACACGAGGAGACGGUCCUGUGCGCGCAUCCACUCUGCCGAGCACUCAACUUCGUCCAGCAUCUUCCACUUGACCUCAACUCUGCUCUCCUCACGCCAUGGCCGCGUCGAGCCAUCUCCUCUCGCUCUUGCUGGUCCUCAUGGCGGGGAGCCUCGCGACCGAGGCGACCUACUACCGGCCCCACCGCUACUUCCCACACUUCAUCCGCUUCCGCCAGCCUCACGCCCACAUGGAAAACCACCUCCCGGAGGUCGUGAACCCGGCGCCCGCUCCCCGCCACCGCGGCGUGCCGAGGUAUCGCGUCAUCCCCCACGUCAUCGACACGACACCCGAAGACAUCCAGAGUUUACCGGAGGCUAUCCACCCGGAGCCCGAAGUCGUCCACCACCCGGCGCCCGAAGUCGUCCACCCGGCGCCCGAGCCUCACUACCGAUCGGCGCCUCGAGCCAACCUGACCCGGGUCUUCUACGGCGUCAUGUUCGACGCGGGCAGCACCGGCACCAGGAUCCACAUCUAUAAAUUCAUUCAGAAAGACCCAGUUGAGCUGCCAGUUCUGGACAACGAAAUGUACCAUGCAGUGAAACCUGGACUUUCUGCUUAUAAAGACAACCCUGAGGAAGGCGGCAACACAGUGCGUCAGUUGCUGAAGAUAGCUAAGAAAACCGUGCCAGAGGAGGAGUGGAGGAGGACCCCGGUGGUCCUGAAGGCCACGGCGGGCCUGCGCCUGCUUCCCGAGGACAAAGCCGUCGCUCUUUUGAACGAGGUGCGACAUGUUUUUCACGAGUCUCCCUUCUAUGUGCCAAGCAACAGUGUCACCAUUAUGAAUGGAACAAAUGAAGGAGUCUUGGCCUGGGUCACGGUGAACUUCCUUACAGGCCACUUGUAUUCCAACACAAAGAGGACAGUGGGCAUCCUGGACUUGGGAGGAGGCUCUACACAAAUCACCUUUCUUCCAAAGUCAAAGAAAACUGUUGAAUCUGCUCCCCAUAGUUACAUUGCCAAAUUCAACUUGUUCAAUAGUACAUAUCAGCUCUACACACACAGCUACCUUGGAAAUGGACUGUAUGCGGCUCGGUUGGCAACUCUUGGAGCACUGGGAGCUGAUGGUCUCGAUUGGAAAGUCUUCACCAGUUCCUGCCUCCCAAAGAAGUUCAGAGAAGAAGUGACUUUUGGUGGAACCACUUACAAAGUCAGCGGAGUUCCAGAUGGCUACGCGGGCUACAAGCUGUGCUACUACGAGGUGAUGAAGGUCAUCAAGGGAAUCGUGCAUCAGCCUUAUGAGGUGAAAGGCAGCAGCGUGUUCUAUGCUUUCUCCUACUACUUUGACAGAGCCGUGGAGUCCGGCCUCAUUGAUGACAGCCGAGGCGGUGCAAUCGAAGUCAGGGAUUUUAAGAAGCGAGCCAAAGAGGUGUGCAACAAAAUGACCCAAUACCGUGCCAUCAGCCCCUUCCUGUGCAUGGACAUGACGUACAUCACCUGCUUGCUCAAGGAGGGCUUCGGCUUCAAGGACAACACCGUGCUGCAGCUGGCCAAGAAGGUGAACAACGUGGAGACCAGUUGGGCCUUGGGCGCCACCUUCGACUACUUCAGGAACCUCAACAUCCACUAAGGGCAGCUCAAGGGCAACGCAGUCAGCACUGAGAGGGACAUUUUUGUCACUGCGGGGUUUCCCUCCCUCACAGACACACCCAGUUUCAUCCCGCCCACCCUCCUCAUCAGCCGGCAAACACCACCAGAGCUGUUUCAGACAAAAAAAUAAUAAAUCACGAUAUUUUUAUAAGGCCAGCUAUUUCUACUGUACCUUGAGCCCAUGACUGCUGGGCUGACUUUAUUUUUGUAAAGCAUCUUUUUGGGUUACCAACGGGUGUUUGGAAAUGUGUCUUCACCUUGCUGUCCAGUGCGCGGGGCCUAGUUUGUAGUCACGGUGGUUUGACCGCCGCCCGGUUGUGAGC